AUGGAUUCUGUCAAAGAGCCCGCCGUCGACACGGCGCACCUCACCCAUGCCUCCGAGGCCGACACCGUGGAAGAGCAGCUGCGCCACUUUGUACCCGGCUCCCCGGAAGAGAAGAGACUCGUUCGCAAGAUUGAUCUCUACUUGAUGCCAAUUCUUUGGAUCAAGUAUGUGUUCAACUACAUUGACAGAACCAACAUUGGAAAUGCCAAGAUUGCCGGCAUGCAGCGGGACCUGCGCUUGACCGACGACGGGUUCGCCUGGGUGCUGUCCAUCUUCUUCUUUGGCUACCUGCUGUGCGAGGUGCCCUCCAACAUGGCCCUCAGCCGCAGCCGGCCCUCCGUCUUCCUGCCCACCCUCAUGCUCGUCUGGGGCGCGCUGAGCGCCUGCAUGGCCGCCGCGCACUCGUACGCCGCGCUGCUCGCCCUCCGCUUCGUCCUCGGCUGCGUCGAGUCGGGCUUCUUCCCGGGCGUCCUCUACGUGCUGAGCUGCUGGUACACGCGCGCCGAGCUCGGCAAGCGCUUCGCCGUCUUCUACACCGCCGCCGUGCUCUCCGGCGCGCUCGGCGGCAUUCUCGCCGGCGCCAUCGCCGAGAACAUGCACGAUGCCCGCGGCAUCGCCGGCUGGCGCUGGCUGUUCAUCGUCGAGGGCGCCGCGACGGUUGCGGUUGCGCUGGUCUCGUACUUUGUCCUGCUCGACUACCCGGCCACGUCAAAGAAGCUGACGCCCGAGGAGCGCAGGCUGGCGGCCCUGCGCGUCCUCCACGACGGGGUCGCCAACGGCGCCGUCGGCAGGCCUCAACUGUCGCACUGGCAGGCCUUCCUGGCCGCCGUCUCGGACCCCCGCACGUACAUGUUCAUUCUGCUGUACAUGCUCGAUGUCGGCGCCGGCACCAUCUCCUACUUCAUCCCGACCAUCACCCUCUCGCUGGGCUACGACACCGUCAAGGCGCAGUACAUGACCGUGCCCAUCUACGCCGUCGCCGCCGUGUGCCUCACCGUCGUCGCCUGGUCGUCUGACCGGCGCGUCGAGCGCCGCUGGCACGUCGCCGGCGCCCUGGCCGUCGGCUUCGUCGGCUGCGUCGUCUGCGUCGCGGUGCAGAACGCCGUGGUGCGCUACGUCAUGAUUUGCUUCGUCGCGGUGGGCAUCUGGUCCGCGCUGCCGCUGAUCCUGUCCUGGACGAGCGGCGCGGUGAGCCAGCCGCCGGAGAAGCGCGCCAUCGUGCUGGCGCUCGUCAACGCCUUUGGCAACUUCUCCAGCGUCUACGGCAGCCGCAUCUGGCCCAAGACGGACGCCCCGGGCUACCACGUCGGGUUCGGCGCGACGGCGGGCUUCCUGGGCGCAGGGAUGGUGCUGGCCGUACUGGUGCCUAUUCUUUGCCGCCUGCUUCGAGCUCGGAUUCCCAAGGACGAUGACGCGGAUUCGAUUUCGGAGGAGAGGGCGGCCAAAUGA